UACUUAAAUAAAUUUGCAAAAACCUUAAACCCUAGUCUUUAACAACAAAUGGAGGAAACAAACAUGGAAGAUUGUGAACAAAUUCGUGAAUCCGAGGUUGCUCCUGCAUUAAUUGCAGUUCAUCCAGCUCACAAAUCAGUUGCUGUCGCAGUUGGCUUGAAUCUCCGUGUCUUUAAUCUUCAAGAAGGUUGUUCGGUUUCAUUGGUGGAUGAUUCAGGAGUGCACAUGCAUAAGUAUUCAAUAAGAGCAAUUCGGUAUGGUGCUGAAGGCAAGCUCUUUGUAUCUGCUGGAGAUGACAAACUUGUUAAGAUUUGGGCUACUGAUUCUUGGCGGUGCAUAAGUUCGGUGUCAUCCGAGAAGAGAGUUACUGCUGUUGCCAUCAGUAAUGACGGUCGUUUUGUAGCUUUCGCGGAUAAAUUUGGUGUAAUUUAUGCAGUUGAAAUAGAAGGUUAUCAUGAAAAUCAAACUCUGCCCGAUAAGAAGGCAGUCCCGAUUCUUGCCCACUAUUGCAGCAUCAUUACUAGUCUGGAGUUUUCACCUGACGGACGAUACGUUAUUAGUGCCGAUCGAGACUUCAAAAUCCGAGUCUCUGUGUUCCCAGAAAAGCCAUCAGAUGGAGCUCACGAGAUUCAAAGCUUUUGCCUUGGCCAUACAGAGUUUGUUUCUUGCCUUGCCUUCAUCUGCAGUAAGGAUUCCCAGCAGUGGUAUUUGCUUUCGGGAGGUGGCGAUUCAACUGUACGCUUGUGGGACUUCACUUGUGGUUUUCUUCUUGAUAACUGUCAUGUCGGAGAGACAGAACUAUUACAGUCGAAAGAAGGAAUAGAUGACAGUUUGCUGGCUGUCUCCGAUCUCUCUGCCACUCCCGGUGGAUCAUUAAUUGCUGUGGCCAUUCAGAGCUAUGCAGGAGUUGUGCUUUUGAGCUGCGAUCUUUCAGCUAAAUCUCUUCAUUUUGCAAGAGUGGUUCCAAUUCCCGGGGAGACUUUUAUUCCCACAAGCUUAGCUGCUGCCUCUUCAUCAAAUCAAUUAUGGAUGGUCAUGGGCGCAUCGACUCUAUAUGCUUCCGAUACAUCACCUUUAGCUCGCGUGAAGGUUCUCUAUGGUUUCUGCGAGAGCAACCAGGACUCCGUUGAGCAAGAGACGCAUGUCUUAGAAGAUAAAGAUUUACAAGGCGGUGAACAACUCCUUCAAACGUUGCAAGGGAGUUCUUUCAUUGACAAAGAUGCAUUAUCAACAGCUGCAGAAGCAGUGAAAACAGCAAUGUGUAAUCUAUUAAUCAAGAAGCAGUACCCUUCAGAAAAUCGCGAGUUUAGAAAGCGAGGGAGGAACGACAAGAAAGUAAACAAGAAAAAAUGAGAUCGGUGGACAAAGUUACCUGAUAUCUGGCGCUGGUAGGCUGGUCGAGUUGAUUUGCUGCCAACGAUGAGCAAGGUCUCCUUCCAGCUCGUGCUCGUAGACAAGUUCAGAUGAUGAAAGAUAUCAAAUUUCGCCUUGCUGUGAUGUAGUUUUUGUUAUGCUUUUAGUCAAAAUUUGUGAUAUGAUAUUGUCUGCAUUGCUACUUUUGAUAUUGCAAUAAUUUUGUGAGGCACAUAUUAAAAUUUUUUAUAAUAAUAGUGUCUUUUUUUUAUA